AUGUUCGCCUCGAACACUUCUCCUCGAGCCCGAACUCGUCAAUACUCUUCAUCCUCCUCCACUGCAUCCAUGUCACAGCGCGACUCCAUGGACCUCGACAACUCCGGUGCGUUGGACAUUCAACGUGCUCUCGACAUUGCUCGCAACACGGAGGGUGACCUCGAUCACUAUGUUGCAAAGUACCUCGAGGAGCAGCUCGCAGAGGUCUGGCACCGUCUCGAGUCUCGUCCAAACAGCUAUGUUCUUUCCAAGGACGAGUUUGCUAUCUUCAACUACUUCGUUGGUCGCUAUCACGACUCGACUGUCGCUGAGAAGGCCAUCGCUCGCUUCUGGUCCAGCUAUCAAGACAACGCCUCCUCGUAG